AUGGAGGAAGAUGUUGCCCUGAAAACGAGCCCCUCUGCCCUAAAGUCAACUGGCAGGACGCAGAUACUAAGGCAUUCUUUCUCCCAAAUCCUUCAAAGCAGUUCGACGAGUGUGAAAAUACCAGCACGGCGAGUCACCAAAAAUGAAGGGGGAAAUCAAGAAAUCGUGGCCCAAACAAAUCGAAAGACUCGGAGUGUCAUGUCCGGAGAACAUCCCAAACUCAUCAUCUCGCUCGUGAGACACGGAGAAACAGAAGAAAAUCGAAAAAAGAUUAUUCAGGGACAACUCGACACUUCCUUAAAUGCUCUUGGCCACCGUCAGGCAGAAUUAGUUGCCGAGGCGUUGCAAUCCAUUCCCUUCAGACAGGCUUUAUCAAGCGAUUUGAAUCGAGCGGUACAGACCGCCGAGGCGAUACUCAAAUCUCACAAUCUACCCUUACAAAAGCAGUCUCUUUUACGAGAGAAGGCAGAGGGUCUACCAUGGGGCACCAAGGUAAGAGACAAAGGUGAAAGCCACACCGAGUUCCGGAAGCGUAUAAUGGGCUGGUGGAAGCAAACAAUUCCCACUUUGCUUGCAGAGAGCUUGGAAGACGAUUCUGACACGACGAAUAUUCUCAUCGUGGGCCACGGUGCAUUCCUUCGGUGCUUGAUGGAAGCUUUGGUGGAUGUUGGAUACAGUGCACCCUGCCUUGUAGCAGGAAAGCGGUUUGGAAGUAUUCCUAACACAGGAGUCACGACGGUACAUGUCUACGAUGAUCACUACGGUGAUAUUGUCACAUAUGGUGAGAUGGGCCACCUUCAGAGACUCGUUGAAGACGAUUCAGAGGAGAUUGUCAAGGAGAGUGGCGAUGAUUUGGAGACACGAAGAAUGGGUGAAGAAAAUCAGUAG